GUCGCCUCUCUCAGCGGACAGGUGGGCUGGCACAGUAAACAACAAGCCAUGCCCAAUCAGGGGGUUUGGGACAUGCGUGGAAAACAAUUUUUCACUGGAGUGGAAAUCCGAGUUUGGGCUAUUGCCUGUUUUGCACCCCAGCGUACAGUGAGAGAGGAUGCUCUCAGAAAUUUCACUCAACAGCUUCAGAAAAUAUCUAAUGAUGCAGGCAUGCCAAUCAUUGGUCAACCUUGCUUUUGUAAAUAUGCCACAGGUCCGGACCAGGUUGAACCAAUGUUCCGGUAUUUGAAAUCGACCUUCCAGUCCUUGCAGCUUGUUGUUGUGGUAUUGCCAGGGAAAACGCCAGUGUACGCUGAAGUGAAAAGGGUUGGCGACACGGUAUUAGGAAUGGCCACCCAAUGUGUUCAAGCCAAAAAUGUUAAUAAGACUUCACCGCAAACACUGUCCAAUUUAUGCCUGAAAAUUAAUGUUAAGCUUGGAGGAAUCAACAGCAUUUUAGUGCCGUCAAUAAGACCAAAGAUAUUCAAUGAACCAGUGAUAUUCCUUGGAGCUGAUGUGACUCAUCCGCCAGCUGGCGACAACAAGAAACCCUCAAUAGCAGCAGUGGUUGGCUCUAUGGAUGCCCACCCAUCACGAUAUGCAGCUACUGUUCGUGUCCAGCAACAUCGACAAGAAAUCAUUCAAGAACUCAGUUCGAUGGUGCGGGAACUCCUCAUAAUGUUUUACAAAUCGACGGGCGGCUACAAACCUCAUCGUAUCAUUUUAUAUCGAGAUGGAGUGUCUGAGGGACAGUUCCUUCAGCUACUCCAGCAUGAACUUACGGCCAUUCGUGAAGCUUGUAUCAAGCUUGAGUCCGAUUAUAAGCCGGGAAUAACCUUCAUUGUGGUACAGAAGAGACAUCACACCAGGUUGUUCUGUUCUGAUAAAAAAGAACAGAGCGGCAAAAGCGGGAAUAUCCCUGCUGGUACCACAGUAGAUGUUGGAAUAACUCAUCCGACAGAAUUCGAUUUCUAUCUUUGCAGUCAUCAGGGUAUUCAGGGUACUUCGAGACCAUCACAUUAUCAUGUUCUUUGGGAUGAUUCUCACUUGGAGUCAGAUGAGUUGCAAUGUUUGACAUAUCAGUUAUGUCAUACUUAUGUACGAUGUACUCGUUCUGUCUCAAUUCCUGCUCCCGCCUACUAUGCUCAUCUGGUGGCAUUCAGGGCACGUUAUCACUUGGUGGAAAAGGAACAUGACAGGUAGGUGCAAAGUUUUCAU